AUUGAAAUUCCUUUUUGUGGUUUUUAAACAAUUUUCUCGAUGCCACCAAAAAAAUCUAAAAUUCUAAAAGAAAAAGUGACUUCAGAAAAGAUGUAUGAAUUUUUAACAAAAGAGGAAAUACAUGCCAAAGAGCAAAAGUAUGCAAAUCAUAUAACGAAUCUUAAAGAAUGUUUAAAUUACAUAAAAGAAUCCUCUAAAAUAGUGGCGCAAAUAAAUGAAAAACAAUUGAUCAGUAAUAAAUGGCAAGAUUAUGUAAACUGUUGUCCUCUUCCCAAAGCCUAUAUACCACCCGAUAUACGUUUAUCUAUUGAGAAACUAAAAUAUUUUGAAAAUAUUUCCAAACAAAACUCUAUCGAUUGGUUACUGUCCAUCGAUGAACAUAGUAUUUUGACACAAAAUCUUUUUCGUAAAGACUUAACUUAUUGUAAUCUGAAAGCUAAGUAUAAACACAAUUUUGGCGGGGAAUACAACAGAGACAUAGAAUUUUGUCUUCAAAUAUUAACGAGAAUGGAUGAUUUUUUGGAUAACAAUAUUGAAGUAGCUAAAUGUUGUAUAGAUAAAUUAAAUGAUGUUAAAAGACUGAGACGUAGUUUACAGCAAGAGAUUGCCGAGUUUUUCAAUCGUUUCACAUAUCGAGUUUUGUGUUCAGAAGAGACUUAUAUGAAUGCCAUAGAUCCCAUUACUAUGGAUUACAGCUAUCAAGCUGAAAAUUUUCGACUACAUAUUUGGUCAUUGAAAAAUGUGCCAAUAUGUUUUAAACAACUAGAUUAUCACUAA